CAACGAAGAAACGACGAGAAGUGAAAUAAAUAGCACAGCUCAAAGCCUCAAGCAUCUUUCUCGCAAUACAAGAAAGAUCAAACAGUCUUAUUAAUAUACAAGUACAUGACAAGAAAGGAGGAAAUAUUUAUUCUGUGAUCACAUAACUCGAAAAGCAAGUUCAAAUUCAAGGGCUAGCUAGUUUUGAUUUGCGGAUGGUGAGGGAUAAAGGGGAUCGCGCGAAGGCCCUAUAGAGAUUUUAAGAAUUAAAUGCUGGGCAGUGGAGGCAGAGUAAGUUUUGGGGCUGGCAGUGGAGAUUCAGGAAUUGUGGGAAUGCUAGUUAGUGGAGGCAGAGUAAUUUUUGGAGCAGGCUAUGGAGAUUCAAGAAAUGUGCGAGAACAAGGAAUAUCAGGUAUACCAGGAAGUUCAUUCAGAGCAAUAAUAAUGUUAUACAGAUCCGAUUCUCAUAUCGUGACUUUGGGAACAGUAGGCAAGUUAGGACGUGGUGGGAGAGCUCUGGGCCUAGGCAGAGGAGGCAAUGAAGGUAGUGGAAGAGUUGGCAUAGAUGGCAAAGGACGCAAUGAAGGCAAUGGAAGAGUUGGGAUAUGGCAAAGGCGACAAUUAUGUUGUUUCAGGCACUGUGGACAGUGGAGGCAAAGACGAGUAGCUAGACUGACAUUGAUGCUUGAAAAUGACAAAGCCAGUAGGAGUUACGAUAAAGGAAUUGAAAGAGGCCAUUGUAUAUGUUCUUUCGAAUCAAGAACUUCUCUUAUAGUUUGUUUGAAGAAAUGAGAUGGUGGUGGAGGGGUUUUUAUAGCAAGAGCCAGAGGGCUUUUCUUCUGUUGUUAGAAUAAGAAAACGCUCAGUUUAGUGUAAUUGUAAUUAUUUAUUAUUUAUUUUAAUUUUUAUAAAUUUAUAAUUUUUAA